AGAGGAAAAUGCAUUGAGUCUUCACUAGCCAUCCCCAGAAAGCUGGUACUCUGUGGAUCUCAGAACACACACCCGUCUCCUCGUGGUUCAUCUGAGUCUACUGGGUCUUGAGCCCCAGACACUUGCAGGUGAACGGAAGACUCAGAGUCCACGAGGCUCAGGGCCUGGUUCUGUUGCUCUGGGCUUCAGGCUUGGCAGCUGAGCCCUCCCACCCUCAGCUGUGGGCUGGGACUAUAUCAUGUACUUUGUACUAUCUAUCAUAGGACUGCUGCGGCAGCUGAUAUCUCAAGAUCCAUCUAUGCCCCUGUGCUGAUGGCUGCUCUAUUUCCACCCCUAGCCCUGACUCUAGAGCCCUCCUUGCCUGCUGUUCUGCACCUCAGUGGAGGGUCCUCAGGGCUUUAAACUACAGCUUCUCAACUCUCAAAUAUGCACCCACCUGAUUUCUGCGCUGACUCCUUUCUUGGCCUUCCUAUCUGAGCCCUGUCCCAACAUCCCUCAUGCCCUAUAGACUGCCCUGAUGGCAUCUCCAGCUGCUCUUCCAGAGGACCUGGGUUCAAUUCCCAGCAUCUAUAUGACAACUUACUUAUAGAUUGGAGUCUGUAACUCCAAUCCAGGGAAUCUGAUGCCGUCCUUUGGCCUUCCCAGGCACUAGGUACACACACGAUACACAGACAUACAUUCAGUUAAAAUGCCCAUGCACAUAAAAUAAAUAAAUAAAAAGGAAAUAAAUAAUAAAGAACAGGCACAGGUCACUUACCAAGGUCAAGGCCAGCAGGGCAUCACAGAAAACACCAGCAAGAUGGAUGGUCCCAGCAGCAAUGUCUCACUCAAUCACGGUGACACCACACUGGGCCUCCCAGAGUACAAAGUAGUCUCAGUCUUCCUGGUCCUCCUGGUGUGCACUGUGGGCAUCGUGGGCAAUGCCAUGGUGGUCCUGGUGGUGCUGACCUCACGUGACAUGCACACACCCACCAACUGCUACCUGGUCAGCCUGGCUCUUGCUGACCUCAUUGUGCUGCUGGCUGCGGGGCUGCCCAAUGUCUCUGACAGCCUGGUGGGGCACUGGAUCUAUGGACAUGCUGGCUGCUUGGGCAUCACCUACUUCCAGUACCUAGGCAUCAAUGUCUCCUCCUGCUCCAUCCUGGCCUUCACUGUGGAGAGGUACAUCGCCAUUUGCCACCCAAUGAGAGCACAGACCGUGUGCACUGUGGCCCGGGCCAGACGGAUCAUCGCAGGCAUUUGGGGGGUCACGUCCCUCUAUUGCUUACUCUGGUUCUUCCUGGUGGACCUCAAUGUCCGUGACAACCAGCGCCUGGAAUGUGGCUACAAGGUGUCCCGAGGCCUCUACCUGCCCAUCUACCUGCUGGACUUCGCUGUCUUCUUCAUUGCGCCCUUGCUGGGGACCCUCGUGCUCUAUGGGUUCAUCGGGAGGAUCUUAUUUCAGAGCCCAUUGUCCCAGGAGGCCUGGCAGAAGGAGAGGCAGCCCCAUGGGCAGAGCGAGGGUACACCAGGCAACUGCUCUAGGUCCAAGAGCUCAAUGUCCUCCAGGAAGCAGGCCACCAGGAUGCUGGCUGUGGUCGUGUUGCUCUUUGCAGUGCUCUGGACCCCCUACCGCACACUGGUGCUGCUCAACUCCUUCCUGGCCCGACCUUUCCUGGACCCCUGGGUCCUGCUGUUCUGCCGCACCUGUGUCUAUGCCAACAGUGCCAUCAACCCUGUCAUCUACAGCCUCAUGUCACAGAAAUUCCGGGCAGCCUUCCUGAAACUGUGCUGGUGCCGGGCAUCUGGGCCCCAGAGACGUGCAGCAUGCGUCCCCACCAGCAACUCCAGUGCUGCCCAGGAGACCUCCCUAGGUACUGAGAAGAUGCAGCCGGGCUCCCGUGAGGUCUCAGGUCCAACAGCAGCUGCUUCCCUGCGUUGCCAGCAUGAGCCCCACUUCAGUGUGCUCUGAGGAUGCCUGCCUGGCCCCUGACUCCACUCCCCUGGUUGGCAUCUGCUCUGAACACUGGCGGGCCAUCAGGAGAGGGGCAGGCAGCUCCUUGCUUCUGGGUCUCCAGAGUUCCUUUACCAUGAAGAAGGGCACUGGAACGCUCUCAGCUGGAUCCUGGGUGGGAGGUUCUCUACUCCAAAGUGAGGUCGGUGGGAACAGAGAGGAGGCUGGAGACCCAGCCUUCACCGUCUGUGGGAUCAACCCCCUUUAUCUGUUUUCACCAGCAUUUUAAGCAGUACCAUUUUAAGGGUAUUACUGAAGGAAUGUUCUUCUAAGCUUUGAUCGCAUCUGUCCCUUGGUGAGCCCAUGCACACAGGUCUCAAACCUGGUCACUGGACAGUGGGGGUUACAUAGAACAGUGUCCAACCAGUCAUACCAGCACCCAAGGCUGCUCUGUGAUGUUCAGCCCCGGCUCCAGCCCUCCUUCCAGUCUUCUGUAACAGUGGGCAGCCCUGCAAGAGACUCCACCAAGCAAUCCUACCCACCGCAAAUGUUCCUGAAGGAGGUCAUUUGUCUUUCUAACCGCCAUCGAGAAGCCACUUGACCCCAAAUGUGCAAGCCUGGCUCUCU